AUGGUGCACCGCAGGCCGUUGAAGAAAGGGAAAAAGGCGUGCACAGAGUGCCGUCAACAGAAGGCAAAAUGUGAUGUUUAUUUGAAUCCGGAUGAGCCUUGUACUCGAUGUCGCAAGGUGAAGGCACAAUGCAUCAUUUCAGACCCCUUCAAGAGAGAGCAUAAGCGCAAGCGACUCUCCGAUCUAGAGCGCGAGUCGGCAGAUCUGCGGCAAAAGCUUCGCGCCUCACAACCUGCUGAUCCCCACCCAUCCCCGAUUGCCCUAUUGACAGCCGCGGCGGAGAUGGGGGUCCAUGCAGGCCCACGAAGCGACACACUUUCAGGCCCCUCACAAGUCUCCCCAGAGUCUUAUCCACUCCAGCUGCUAGCUCCAAGUAGCUUAGGAUCUGGUACUCCGGGACCGGCAUUGGAGAAUACCAGUGAUGUGACAUUAUCAAGGACUUUGAAUGGUGUGGGGGUGAGUAGUGACGAGAUUGAUGAUCUUUUUGCAAUAUACUUCCGUCACUAUGCUCAGUUCAUCCCCAUUCUUGACCCUAAUACCCGACCCAAUGCCUACUAUGCACAAUCGCCCUUCCUUUUUUGGGCAAUCAUUGGCGUCUCAUGCCGUAUAUACCCCCGAAACCCAACCCUUCUCAUGGCCCUGGCAUGCAGUAUUGUUGAAAUGGCACUACUAUCCACACUCUCCACUUCACCACCAUGGCAUACUGUACAGGCAUUCUUGUUGAUCUUGACAUGGCCAUUUCCGAAGGGUGAUCAUCCUGAUGCAUCGUUCCCUCUGGCUGGAAUGAUGCUUCACAUUGCCAUGCAAAAUGGUCUUCACAUCCCAAUGUCAAGUCAUGAGUUCUUUCGUGUAAAGAUGUCAGCGCCUUCAGAAGCUGAUUUGCAGCGUCGGUCGGAAUUAUGGGCGCUUUCCAUGGUUAUGUAUCAACAGGUCUCUAUGCAAAAGGGUCACUUGCCUCGAAUGAAUCAGACACAAGAUCCAGCACAGCGCCAGUUGAUGAUCGAUAAAAUUUCACCAUUGAUGGCGCUCAAGUUACGAAGUCAGGAACUGAUACGUCGUUGCUGUGAGGAGGUUCUAGAGAAUGGGCUACGCACGAUGUCUUUGGAACAGGAAAGAUCUCUGGAUAUUCUGCUUCGCACCUACGAAAACCAGAUAGACGAGUUGGAGCUAGAAGCGGUGACGGAUGAUGAAAGAUUCAACAUCUUCCUUUGUCGCAUGGCUGUCCAAAGCUUCCACUUUUAUAAGACUCAAACACUGGUCUCCAGUGCCUGUUUCCCACGAGUCCUAAUAACCGCCUGCAACCUCAUCGACUACAUCCAAUCGCUUAUAGACCGAGUGCAAAACCUAGCAAUGUCUCCCUCUCAAAUGCAAUUUGCAGUUCUCUUAGCAUCAUGCUCCCUGAUGCGAAUCCUAAAAAGUCCCUCCGCAUCACACGGCCUCGAGACCAUUCGUGCCCGCUCCUCUCUUUUUACCGCCAUCAACCUUGCCAAACAAAUGUCCGUCGAUAGUGCCGACCUUCCAUCUAAGACUGUGACUAUCCUCAACGCACUCUGGAAUAGCACUAAAGCCUUCCGUAAGGCCGAUGGGUCAGAAUUUAAUGCUCUUCGUAUCCGCGGUCGCCUCGUUAUAGGCCCUGUCAUUGAUACAAUAUGGUGGUGGCGAGAUGAAUACGAUCCUCCGACUCGGAUGCGCUCUGUUAUUGAGCCUAGCAAUGGCACUGUGUACUGCCAGUCACGCUCCUAUGCUGCAGCUGACUCUGGUAAUGUGGGUGUCGGCCUUGACUCAAUCCAGCAAGACCCGAUGGGGGCUGCUCUUAGCCAGGAUGCCUUUCUUCUUGAUGAGCAGUUUCUGGCGGAUUUUGAGUGGGCAUUGGGUGAUGACUCGCUGUUCUCUCUGGAUGCCAUGCCUAAUACCUGGCCCGUGGCAAACAAUAUGCUAUAG